AUGAGGUUGAGACAGGAUCUAGCGAAGUUGACAAUCAAAACUCUGUUUGCAAUAGCUGAAGAUAUAGGUUUCCCGCGUGUACAUGCAGAGACUUGGGUAGGAAGUGAUCCAUGUCAAUGGUACGGGAUCGAAUGUUCAGAUGAUGGUGACAUCAACGGGAUAACCUUUAUAAACUCCAAUCUGACUGGUUUCAUUUCUCCGAGAUUCGCAGAGAUCAGUUCUCUGACUGAAAUUAAUCUGGCUCAUAAUAGACUGACCGGAACCAUCCCUCUCGAGCUUCUUAUCAAGCUGAAGAAUCUGGUCAUUCUUGAUGUUUCCUAUAAUGACCUGCACGGUAAAAUUCCGGGGUUUAGGAAGGAGGUUGUAUUUGCUGCAGGCAAUCCUCAGAUUGAGACGGAUCGUGUUAUCUCGAGACAGUCUUUUGUUUGGAUUGGUAUUGGUAUAGGGCUUCUGGUUGCUGGAGUUAUAGGAGUUCUCUAUUACUAUCUGGUUAUUCUUAGGAAGAAGAGUUCUGAUUCGGAGACAGAACCAGAGCCAGAACCGACGAUUGAACUAGAAGCUCAGCCAUCUAGUGUCAUUACAGAGAGAGUGGUAGCUUCUGACGACAAUGCGAUUCCCUUUCAUAUUCUCAGGGACGCUACUUCUGGAUUCAGUGAUGGUAACCUCAUCGGUAGAGGUGGGUUUUCAGUUGUGUACAGGGGCACGCUACCUGAUGGGACUGACAUCGCAGUCAAGAGAAUGGGAAAAGAGGACCCUUUGAUUGGUAUCGACGCCUUCACAUGUGAAGUCAGAGUCCUGAGUAAGAUCCAUCAUCGCAACCUAGUGGUCCUCCUAGGUUACUGUCUCGAAGGAGAAGACAGACUACUUGUGUAUCAGUUGAUGCAUCAGGGACCUUUGAGCAACCACCUCUAUCACCCGAGGGAUCGGGGAUUGAAACCCCUCGACUGGACUAAGCGGCUUAAGAUUGCCCUUGACGUUGCUAGAGGGAUCGAGUAUCUACACACGUUGACUCGCCAAAACAGAAGCUACAUUCACCGAGAUUUAAAGCCUUCCAAUAUUCUUCUGGGAGAUGACUUGCGAGCCAAGGUAUCUGAUUUUGGUUUAGUCAGGUCAACAGCUGAAGGCAAAGAUUCAUUCACAACCGAGACACAGGCUGGAACAAUUGGUUACCUUCCACCGGAAUACAUAAGUAUAGUCUUUUAUCAAAAUAUCUAAACAUCUUUUACUAUUUUGUAAUAUAUCUGAUUAGACAAAUGACAUUCUUUUAUUACAGUGACAGGAAGGAUAA